CCCAGGACUCCUCACUGCCGUCGGCCUGCGCGCGCGUGUGUGUGUGAGCACGCGUGUGCGUGUGUGUGAGUGUGUCGGUGUGGCAAAAUGAGUGCGCCGAUAUGAAGACGCGGCCAUGGCUCGGUCCGCGCUCAUCAAGUGCCUCGUGCUCUGCAUCACCGCGGGCGUCGUGCAAUGCUCCCUGCAUGGCACCCGCUGGGCGAGUGCAGAGAUGGAAGCCCAGGACGAGCGCAACGACGCCGAGCUGUUCCGCGCCGUCGUCACGUCCAUGGCGGAAUGGCAUCUCCGAAAACUGUCAUCGCACAGGAAGAAGCGAGCCGAUGCUUCCGUGUGCUACCCCGAGGUCGGCUGCUUCCAGGACUCGGGGCCCUUCGGCUACCUGGACAUGCUGCCGUCGCCGCCCGAGGAGGUGGACACCCACUUCCUCCUGUACUCCCGGCGCAACAGAGGCGACAUCCCCCUGCUGGACGUGCCCUUCAGUAACCUGUCCACGGUGUGGGCGGACGCCACGCGGCGCUUCAACGCGUCCUCCCCGACCAAGGUGAUCGUGCACGGCUUCGGCAGCUCGUGCUCCCACGUGUGGGUGUACGAGAUGCGGUCCGCGCUGAUGGCCGUGGAGGACUGCAACGUCAUCUGCGUGGACUGGGAGCGCGGCGCCACCAUCCCCAACUACGUGCGCGCCGCGGCCAACACGCGCAUGGUGGGCAAGCAGGUGGCGCUGCUGCUGGCCGGCCUCCAGAAGCACGCCGGGCUGCCCGUGCACCGCGUCCACGUCAUCGGCUUCUCGCUGGGCGCGCACGUCGCGGGCUUCGCCGGCGCCGAGCUCAAGAACCUCAGCAGGAUCACGGGCCUGGACCCCGCCGGGCCGCUGUUCGAGUCGCAGGACCCCCGCGCGCGCCUGGACGCCACGGACGCCAACUUCGUGGACGUGAUCCACAGCAACGGCGAGAACCUCAUCCUGGGCGGGCUGGGCACGCGGCAGCCCCUCGGCCACGUCGACUUCUACCCCAACGGCGGACGCAUGCAGAAGGGCUGCGCAAACCUGUUCGUCGGCGCCGUGUCCGACAUCCUGUGGUCCGCGUCGGAGAACGAGGCCCGCAGCCUGUGCAACCACCGGCGCGCCUACAAGUUCUUCACGGACUCGGUGUCGCCGCGCUGCCACUUCCCCGCCGCGGCCUGCGACUCGUACGAGAGCUUCCUGCAGGGCCGCUGCUUCCCCUGCGACCCCGCCAGCCGGCCCUGCGGCAACAUGGGCUACUACGCGGACCGCGCCCUGGCCCGCGGCGCGCUCUACCUCGUCACCCGCGACGAGGAGCCCUUCUGCGCCCACCAGUACCACGUCCGCGUGGAGAGCUCCCCCAGCGUGCUGCCCGUGGUGAGCUACGGCAAGAUCCAGAUCACGCUCGUCGGCGACUCGGACUUCAACGAGACCUUUACGCUCACGACGAAGGACGACGAGCAGCUGCAGGUGGGCGGGUCGCUGUCGCGCAUCGUGGUGCCGCACCCCGUGAUGCAGGAGCCUCGCGGCGUGCAGCUGCUCUACACGGCCUACUCGGGCUGGAUCAGCUCGGGGCUGGCGCGCUGGUCCGUGGACAAGGUCACCCUCAGCGACAGCUUCGGCAAAAGCUCCUCGGUGUGCAAGAAGGACCUGGUGCUGGAGUCGGGCGUGCCCGUGCUGCUGCCGCUGUUCGCCGGCGAGUGCAACCCGCCGCGCGACACUACCAGCGCGCAGCUGCAGCAGGCGGGCGGGCCGCUGGGCGGGCCGUCGUCCGAGACCAACGAGGUGUCGUCGCCGGCCGCGCAGCCCUCGCCGCCCGACCACCCCGGCUUCAACCUGACGGCGUUGCUGGCGCAGCGCAACUCGAGCCUGUUCGUGCCCACGCAGGUGGUGCACGUCGGCGACGAAGGCCUCAACGGCACGGGCACGGCCGAGGAGGACGCGCUGCUGGACCUGCUGGAGGCGACGGGCCCCGCGUGGCAGCCGCUGCUCGACGACCUCCCGGAGACCACCAACAACGGCCUGGACAACUCGCGCAACCGCGACGACGCGCGCGCCUUCGACGACCAGGUGCAGGUGGGCGUGACGACGCUGCAGCCCCUGGUGAACGGCACGGACCGCGACGACGCCACCGAGCCGUCCGCCGACGAGACGCCGCCGCCGCCCGUCGUCGUGGACUCGGCCCCCGCGGCGUCCUCGGCGUCCGCGGCGUCCGCGACCAAGCCGGAGAUCUCGGAGCCCGUGCUCGUGCGGACGGCCACCGCGCCGCCCGGCGAGGCGGUCGGAGACAGGCGCAGUUUCCAGCAGGCGGAGUCCGCCCCGGCCAAGCCGGAGAUCACCGAGCCCGUGCUCAAGCCGACCACGUCGACCAGCACCACGACCAGCACGUCCGCGCCGACCAACGCCACGACGCCGGCCCCGGAGGACGCCGACGCGGUGCAGACGACGGCGCCGCCGUCCACCUCGUCGGGCACGGGGCGCGACUUGCAGGACAAGACGACGACGCCCGAGUGGACGCCCGCCGUGGAGCUGAACCCGCCGCCCCUGGGCGGCACGCACAUCUGGCAGCACUGGCCGCCGUCCAAGCCCGUGGCCGCCGCCGUGCCCUCCGUGGCCGCGGACAAGGAGAGCCGCCGCGCCGCCAACAACAGCCGGGCCUUCUCCUUCUUCGACGGCGACGCGUCGCACCCGCCGCCGCCGCCCCCCGCGCCCACGGCGGGCAACUGGAGCGAGCGCUCCAUCACGGUGCAGCUGCUGCCGCAGCGGCUGGUGGCGCUGCUGGAGCAGGCCGAGCGGUACGCGCGCCUGGCCUUCAUGCCCUUCGCCGCCGUCAACAGCUUCUUCAGCGGCCGCGACCUGGACGCGGCGGGCCCCACGGCGGCGUCCUCGGCCGGGACUCGCGGCGACAAGGGCAGCCCGUCCGCCGCCCAGAGGCGCGCCAAGCAUGUCCCUGCCGCCAGCGCCUCCAGCGCCGCCAGCGCCGCCCCCGGGGCAGCCACCCCCAGCCCCGCGCCCUCCACCGGUGAACCCACCCCCUACCUCGUGCCCCUGUCCUACAGCAGGAACGACCCCCGCCCCCAGCAGCACACGGCCAAGUACAUCCCCCUCACCAAGCCCAAGCGAGCGGGCGCGGCCAGCCAGACUUAGGUACAAAUUGAGACUGAAAGAUCAUUCGUGACAAAACUGUCAAGCUAAGGGGCCUUUUUGUCUUUAUGGUGAAGCAGAUCUCUUUGGCCUCAUGGUUCCUGAGACGAACACUAGAGCAGCCAUUCCAUGUAUGGAUGACAAUUCUCAUCUCUUCCAGAUUUAGUAUAAUACUUUACUGGGCUCUGCUGAACGUUAUUCGUGGCGUAAAGAGUGCCGGAAGAACUUGAAACACUCACGAAGCAGUCAAAGGACGUCAAAAUGACGUCAAAAUAAUGCUUUUUUUGUCGAAAUUUUGACUAAAAGUUGUCAUAAUGACAUCAAAAUGACGUCACUGUGAGCGUUUCGUGUUCUUUGGGUGAGAUGGUGUUUUCAAAAGAUAAAAGGAGGCGUGUUAGCUACUUUGGACUAGAUAGUCAAUUUAAAAGCGCGUACUAGGCAUCUGUGAUUUAAUAAAUACAGAACUGAGAGUUGGUUUAUGUAUAAUUCAGUAUUUAACAAGGGUUGUUUUGUUUCUCUUUGUACAUUUUUGUAUAUGUCUGUUUAUAAACAAUUUGAGUCCUGUACAGUUAAUUGUAGGUAAGGUUGUUAGUGCAAAUGCAUUUUGAUGCAUAUGUUUGUUCAAAUUUUUGGUUUCUCUGGGAGGAACAUUUUAAAAGAACGAACAAGGGGAUCAUUAUUUAUAUUUUAUUUGCCUGAUUUGAGGGUGCUCUAUGUUCUAUUGCUCCAUUUGUUGCUUUGAAGGUCUAUGUAGGAUGUGGAUUGCAUCUCUUAUCCCACCCUGUGCAAAACUAACAAGUUGAUUAAGAAUAGAAUCCAAUUUUAGAUGAGAGAGGAACAUAGCCGUCUUUUACAGAAAUGUAAUAAACCUUCAAAGUAAAUGGAUUGUUAGCUGUUUUAAAUUUGUACAUAGUAUUUACUGCUCCAAGUAUUUAUUGAUUUGAUUUGACUUUGGCAUUUAGCUGUUAAUUUAAUAAAAUAGUUAAACAUUCAAAAAGAACAGACAAGAAAAUUUCAAGACUGUAGUUUGAUGCAUUCAAAAUUUCCACUUUGCAGCUUUGCAUUCAAGAACUGAUGGCAGUGCGUCAGCAGAAGCAGCCGUGUGUUUUCUGGUCUGAUCUUAUUUUUCCCUGUGUUGUAGAAAGGAAUCAUACUUCAUAAAGAAAUUCCAUGCUUGUUUUCUUUUUGUAAUGGACAGAGGGACUGAAAUAAAUUCUAGAAAAAAAUUAA